AUGUCUACAAUCCAUACGAAUACUUCCAACGAUGAAUCUCAAUCCGUUAAAGAUGAUUUGUAUCACCUCGACCAUGAUCCCGAAGUCUUUGAUGUCCUCAUCAUCGGCGGUGGACCCUGUGGCCUCGCCGCCGCCGCCAGGAUCCGAGAACAAGCUCCCUCCGCCAUGUUCACAGACGAGGAACACCGGCGCUUCCACUGGCUGAAUAAACACGGAAAGAGGGUCGCCCUGAAGCAGACAAAAACGGGACAUGUCUCUCCUGCCUGCUGCAGCAAGCCACAUCACUAUAAGAUAGCUGUCCUGGACUCGAGUGAUAAUAAGUGGCUGAGCCGCUGGAGACGACUGUUUUCUACGUUCGACAUCAGUCAUCUAAGAAGCCCCAUGCUCUGGCAUGUUGAUCCUCUGGACCGCGACUCGUUGUUGUCGCAUGCUCAUUUCCAGGGCAGGGCGGGGGAAUUGGUUGAGAUCAGAGGUUGCGUGGGUAAGGAGACCAGCAAGCACCAAAAGAAGAAGAAUAGGUUCAGUGGCGGCAGAAAAGAGGACUCCGUCGAUAUCAACCAACGAGAUCAGUGGGACUAUUACACCCCGUCUCAGUCUCUGUUCUGUGAUCACUGCGACUGCGUUGCCCGCCGCUAUGAGCUUGAAGCUGGCCUCGUUCACAAAGAAGAGGUCACGGACAUCAGAUUUGGCGACAUAGAGGACAGCCAUUUCCAAGAUAAACUCUUCACGGUGACAACAAACCAAUCGGUGCGCUUGGCUCGCUCCGUCAUCCUUGCUGUCGGGCCAGCCAACGCACCCGUCCUGCCCGAGAUUCCCUCGUUGUCCUUCCCAGGACAUCGCGCUGCUCAAGCUGUCGACAAGAUGCCCCAAGCGUGCCACAGCAUGGCAAUACCACAGAACCAGUUCCCCGACGCCAUAGUCCAGCAUCGCAUGCAAGAUGGCCGCCAGACAAACAUCCUCGUUGUCGGCGGCGGUCUCACCUCGGCCCAGCUCUCGGAUCUUGCCAUCCGCAAAGGGGUUGGGAGGGUCUGGCAUAUCAUGCGCGGCCCCUUACGAACAAAGGCUUUCGAUGUCGAUCUACACUGGAUGGGAAAGUACAAGACCUUGCACCAAGCCUACUUUCAUCAGGCUGACUCGGAUGAGGAGCGGCUGGACAUCAUCAAGGAGGCGCGGGGCGGCGGGAGCAUCACGCCGGCCUUCAUGAAGAGGCUCAAACCGCACAUGUCGAGCGGGCGGCUCAAGAUGUUUGAGAAGACUGCUCUGAUAGGCGCGGAUUUUGAGCUGUGUUCCGACGGAGAAGGUGGUGCGUGGAGGAUCAAGACCGAGCCCAUGAUCGUAGACUUGCCUCGGAUGGACUACAUCUACUUUGCCACCGGCAUCCAGUCGGACUUUACGACAUUGCCCUACAUGCAGAACAUGUUAAGAGAAUAUCCCAUACGCGGCGUUGGAGGGCUCCCCUGUCUGAACGAAGAUCUGAUGUGGAGGGAUGAUGUUCCCCUUUUCGUGGCGGGCAGGCUGGCCGCUCUGAGGCUUGGCCCCGCGGCUCCCAACAUUGGAGGAGCACGGAUUGGGGCAGAAAGGAUUGCAUUGGUUCUGGAAGAGAUUCUGGGCAGAGCAGACAAGGACGAUGGGUCGAGGACACCGUUUCUGGCGGAGGACGAGAUACUUGCUCGUGGACGGCAGAACUCCGAGCUUGAAUUAUUUCACUAUGCGAGUGGGACUGGGAGCAAAUAUAACUGCUUGGUGGAGGUGUCGGAGUAG